UGAUGGUAAGAAAGCUAGCAAUUGUGUUAUUACUUUUAACGGCACUGCAUACUGGCAGUUUGGGACAAGAAGAAAGGUAUUACGAUUGCCAAGACAUAUACGAUUCAGGACAAACAACCAGUGGUGUUUACACGAUUUGGCCUCUUGGCUCCACGAGACCAUUCCAAGUUGACUGUGAAAUGAACGAUGGAAAUGGAUGGACCAUAAUUCAACGCCGUAAAGAUGGAUUUGAGAACUUUGACCGCUCGUUCUUAGACUACGCUGAUGGUUUCGGUGACGUAUAUGCAGAACAUUGGUUGGGAAAUGACAACAUAUUCGUAAUUACAAAUGGCAAUAACAGGGAAUAUGAACUACGGAUUGAUUUGACUGACUGGAAAGCAAAUAAUGGACACGCAAUUUACAGUGGCUUUCGCAUAGAGGAUGCAUUCUCGAGAUAUCGCCUGUGGCUGAAAUCAUUCGUAGGUGGACCUGCAGGUGAUUCUAUGAGCAUUAAUAACGGUACUCAGUUUUCUACUUUCGACCAAGAUAACGAUGGCGUCAUCAACGCUGAUUACGGCAAUAGUCGUGGUCAGGCAUUGGUACUCUCAUAG